GCAUGCGCCGUUUCCUAGCCUCUAUGGAUACGUUUCCGUUUCGCUGGGCUCUUCCAGGCGAGGCUCGAGGGGCCCCUGUGCGCCACGGUUGCCUGGGGCCUUCUGGGAGCUACAAAAGAAGCAAGGUUUUCCCCGGGCCAGAGGAAAACGGAGUGGCGACUCCGGGGCAGGAUCAGAAAGACCAGCGCCUUCCUGGGGCCCGCGGAGGCUCGCGCGUGUCCAGGGGUCGGGCGAGGCAACAGAGCAUCCCCGGGCUGCAGGCCUCCGGGCGGGCAGCCUGGGAGAGAGGUGUGUGCGUGCAAAAAUCGGAUCCCACCAGUCUUGCGGAUGCCCUUGGCCCGCCCUUCGGUCACUGUUCCUGGCCCUUUCUUGAGAACACCUGAAAAUGGACAGUACCCAGACAUCAGUCUCCUUCAAGGACUUGACUGUGGACUUCACCCGUGAGGAAUGGCAAUAUCUGGGCCCUGCGCAGCGCCUCCUGUACAGAGAUGUGAUGCUGGAGAACUACAGUAACCUCAUCGCACUGGGGUUUCGUGUUAGCAAACCAGAUGUGAUCCUAAAACUGGAGCAAGGGGAAGAGCCCUGGAUCGUGGAAGACUUGUCACAUCAGAACUUGUCACAUGCAGGAGAUGAUGACGCCUUAGAGAAGGACAAGAGGACACAAGACAAACAUUUGAAGCAGCUCUUAGUCAUCAAUAACAAAACGACAUCAGAAAAAGCCAAUCUGUUUGAGAAAACAGUUGCUCUCGACACGAACAGUGUUUCUUCGGGGAAAAUGCUCCAUAAAUACGAUCCAGGUGGAAAUGGCCUAAAAAAUAAUUCAGAAGACACUGUCAUAAAGCCAAGCAAAGCCAAUGGGAAGGUAGCUGCUGAGCAUGAUGGGAGGGGGAAGCCAGCGCUCCACACGAAGGCUGACAGAAGUCAUUCUGCAGCAAAGCGGAUCAAAUGGAGUGAAGUCGGGGAUGUUAGGAGUCAAGGUGAGGAUCUCACUCAACAGCUGAAUAACCAGGCUGUAAGUCAGCCCUCUGAACACAAUGAAGGUGAACAGGAGUCAGCCUGCACCAAGGAGUGUCCUGAACGAAAGCGGAAUGAGUGUGCGGAGUGUAGGAAAACCUUUUCUAAGAGGUCCACCCUCAUUGUACACCUGCGGAUCCACACAGGAGAGAGGCCCUAUGCUUGCAAUUACUGCAGGAAAACUUUCCGAAUAAAAGCAAGUCUCACUCGGCACCAACGGAUCCACACCGGGGAGAGGCCUUACAAGUGCAAGGAGUGUGGGAAAGCCUUCAUCGACAAGUCUGCCCUCAUCGUGCACCAGAGGAUCCACGGCGGGGAGAAGUCCUACGAGUGCAUCGAGUGUGGGAAGACCUUCUUCCGGAAGUCAGCCCUGGCUGAGCAUUUUAGAUCCCACACCGGGGAGAAGCCUUACAAGUGCAAGGAGUGUGGGAACGCCUUUGGCAAGAAGUCGUACCUCAUUGUGCACCAAAGAACUCACCGGGGCGAGAAGCCCAAUGAGUGUAAGGAGUGUGGCAAAACCUUCUUCUGUCUCUCCGCCCUGACAGCACAUCAGAGGAUCCACACCGGGGAAAAGCCCUAUGAGUGUAAGGAGUGUGACAAAACCUUCUUCUGUCAGUCGGCGCUCAAUGUUCACCUGAGAAGCCACACCGGCGAGAAGCCCUACAAAUGCCGGCAGUGUGGAAAGUUUCUGUGCACUAAGUCUGCCUUGGUCGCGCAUCAGGUGAUUCACAGAGGAAAGAAGUCCUUUGAAUGUGGCGAGUGCGGGAAGCUUUUCUACCUGAAGUCCACCCUCACGAUACAUCAGAGGACUCACACAGGGGAGAAGCACGGCGUGCUUAGUAAAUGGAGCCGACCCUCCACUGGGAAGUCCAACUGUGGCGAGCAGAAAAGAGUGGAGGCAAAGGAGAAUCUGCACGAGUGUCAUGAUCACAAGCGGACAGCCCACAAGAGCUCACGCCGCGUCGCCCACAAGAGAACCAUAUGGGAGAGACCUUACGAGUGUCAGGAAUGUGGGCGGACCUACUGCCGGAAGUCAGCUCUCAGGCACCACCAGAAGACACACACCGGAGAGAGGCCCUACGAGUGCAAAGAGUGCGGGAAGACCUUCUGCCAGAAGGUCUCCUUUACUGAGCACCAGCGAACUCAUACUGGGGAGAAACCACACAAGUGCAAGGAAUGUGGGAAGUCCUUCCGCCAUAAGUCAGCCUUCACAGUGCAUAAGAGAAUCCACACAGGAGAGAAACCGUACGCAUGCAAUGAAUGUGGAAAAAGCUACCGCCGGCUCUGGACUCUGACUGAACAUCAGAAAAUACACACAGGGGAGAAACCCUAUGAAUGUAGCAUAUGUAAGAAAUCAUUUCGCCACAAAUCAAACUUCCUUUUACAUCAGAAAACUCACAAGAAGUAAAUUCCAACAAGGCAACAACAGAUCAUUUACAUAAUGCUUAAGUCCUGAAUUACACAUAAAGGUGUGAGUCCUUGUCAGCACAGGGACCGUUGCGAAAGGCAGCCCUGUUUCAAACACCAGAGAGCUCACGUGGGCCACGUACAGAGUUUGUUUUAUGGACGCUGGACAUUCAGUGUUAACUAUGAAGACAUUCAGCAUUUUAAACAUUAUACCAGGUGUGCCUGCCUCCCUUCCGAUCACAGAACAAACACUAAUUCCUACCUGACCUCCCUCCACAGUUAAUUUGCAUAGCGUAUGUUGCCGGAUGUGAGUAGCCAGCAUUGACUCCAGAUCAUUGCUCCUGUGGUAACUGAGUAGUUUCUGUUUAUGAGUUUCCAGUAUUAACACCUCAGACUACACAACCAUCCGUCCUCUGUCCCUCCUGUCUAGUGACAGGUCCUAAUCCCUUUCUCUGCAAAGGUGAGUCGGACGAACCACCCUUCACUUCAUGCCUGUGGCGACUCCCACACAGGAGUGAGCAUUUGCUGAAGCGAGUCCGUGGAGUUCUCUAGUGAGAGGCACAGGCAGCUUGUAAGUGCCUCCUUGAGCUUCCAUGCAAGCCAAGACAACAGCGACUGCGGUUACCAUAGCAAAACCAAAAAUGAAUUGAGCAGAUCUGAAUAGUGAAGAGGAUUUGGGGAGUGUUCGAGUCAAAACAGUGUCUGUGUUGUUCAUGUUUUAAAUACCUCUGUUCUAUUAGCGGUUUGAUUAUAUCAGUGCUUUCAAAAAUACCUUGAUUUUUUUUUUAAUGAACAUGUCCAUAGGGGUAUGAUUUAGAAUUUAUCUGUCAGCUUCUGAGAAAAUGUCUCCAUCGUGCCAAAUAGAAUCACGUAGUGUGGAUGUGUGCACCUAGCCAGAAUGCCCGCCAUUCUUGGUGGGUUAUUGCCAACUCCUGGUAUCCAGCCACAAGUGGAAUUUUCCACAAACCCAGCCCCGCUCUCUGAUGUGCUGUGCAUUUUAUAGAACAAUGAAGUGAGUUUAAUUUCAUUGACAAAACAAAGAAGGGCCUCUGGGUAUCUUGUCCUGGGCAAAUCAGCCCUUGGUGGGGCCAAAGUAAGUUGUAUUGUCCAACGUAGUCUUGGUACUGAGUCUCAUUCUGACCCGUCUGCUGCCUGUACUUGUGACGCUGGGUUCUGGGGUGGGAAAAGCUCCCCUUUGUUUGAGACCCAUCAGAAAUCCCAGUAGGGACAAGAUGACCUGGUCAUUCAGUUUAUAUCCUUCAGUAAGGUAAAUGCAUAUUUGUGAAUGCACACACAUUUGAUAUGUACGAAUACAUGCUAAGACAUGAAUGUAUGCAUAUAUCAAUAGUAAUCUUUUCCUGAAGAUUUUAAUAAUUACUUGAAAGAUUUGGGUGCUGUUGCGAACGCAGUUUUAUCAUCCGCUUUUAGAGUUACUGAUGGGGGCUUGACAAGGAUUAGCAAGCAAAGGCGCUUGCUGGCAAGCCUGAGGACCUGAGUUCGAUCCCUGGGACCCACAUAAUAGAACUGAUUUUCCUACAAGUUACCCUGACUUCCACGAGGGUGAUGUGGCAUACACACACAACAAAUACAUACCACACACACACACACACACACACACACACUAAAUAAAUAAAUAAAUAAAUAAAUAAAUAAAUAUAAAAACUCACUGAUAGGAUUCUUAAGCAUUUUUACCACAUUUGCCAAAAUGCAUUCCUCAUACUUAACUUUUCUUUGCUUGGUCACAGCUCCUUGUAGAGGAUGUUGGUGAGCUGUCUUGGGGAGGUAAUUUCAUUCUUCAAAGAUAUAUACCCUAACUGUCUAAUCGUGCCUUCUGCUUGCCGUGGGUUAUGCAACAAGUCACCAGUCUUGUGAUCACGGAGUUGUUUGUCUUUACUGGUUUGACCUAGUCUAUAGAAGGGAGAGCUGUAUGCUGGGGGGAACGGAUUUUUUGUUUUUCAAGCCUGAUGAGAAAAAUGCAAGUCCAUAAAGGGAAAGUCGUGAGACCCAAUCACAGAAAGUCACGAGUGAAACUUGUCGGUCCUGUGAGAGGACUCAGCUGGUAACGGUGCUUGUUCUACAAGCCAGCAUCCCGAGACACCUGUAAAUGUGACAGAGAGAUCCGGCUCCACAAGGUUGUCCUCUGACCAUACAUGGACCGCCGACCCACGCACAUACAAUAACAGUGCAGUUUUUAAAAAAUAACUUGAAGACACAUAAAAAAUUCUAAAGCAAUUAAAUGGAAGAAGAUCCUUAAAAGCAACUAAAGGGAACGGCGACUUGUAGGGUCUGUGAACUUCCUGCAGCUGCUGUAAGAAACUGUCAUAACCAUCGGAAGAGUGGAUCUCCUCUCACAGGACCCGAGACAGCCAGUCAGACCCAGUGUUGCAACCCUCUGACAACUGGAGGCUGGCUAGGCUUGCUUCUCCCAUGUGGUGUCCUGCAGCUUGUGCCAACGAGACUUCAGGCUUUGCAUCUGUCCUCACUGAGCAUGUCUGUCUACGUUUCCGUUUUUUCAGGACAUGUCUGAUCAAGGUCCCAUCUUACUCAGGCAUGACCUCAUGUUGACUGACAUCUGUAAAAAGCCUUAUCCCAUAAGGUCACAUUGAAAGUAUUAGAGGCUGAGGGGACAUUAUUGGUACUCUAAAACUUACCCCAUGUUUACCACAUUAAAAUAACAGAUAUUU